UGCAUUUGAUGUUGGCUGCCCUGAAGUAGGUAACAUGGCGGAAUAAUUGGUAUAUGAUAUGGAGCAGAAAGGGGAAAAGACGUAUUCGGCAAUCAAAUAGUGUGGAAUCGUUCUGCGGAACUGUUGUGGCGUCAGUAGUGUGUGUAUCAAUACAAGUUUUCUUACGAAGAAAGUUUUACAGUAGCCAGACCAAGGCACACCUGGCUGCUGCUCUUGGUGGGAAUCAGCUGAUUUGUAAGGAAGGCGAUGGUGACUCCGUAUCAGUAACAUUUUCCACAAUGAACGCUGAAAUCUGGCACAACUUGGAGACGAUGAAGGUGGAACCAGGGGUGGUUCAUGAGACCUACUUAGCCCCUGCUUUCAAAGAAAAUGAGUUAGUUGAAGUGAAAGAUGUGGGUUGUCCUGUAUCAAUAACAUUCCCUGUAGUAAAGACUGAAAUCCAGGAGGAGCUCUGGGAUUUUACUGCCAUGAGAGAUGUGCCAUCAGAAGUGACAGAUGAAGCGUGUGUGUUCAGUUUGGAGGAGCUGGGUGUUAUACAAGACAACCGCGUUUGUUGUGCCACCCCACAAUUGAACACAGAUAGUCAAAAUAAACCUCAUGAUAGUAUUGAUAUUGAAGGUAGCCCCUCAGACUGUGUUUUCAUAGGACAGGAGCAAUACAAACAGAAACCCAGUUAUGUUACUCACCCAGGAGAAACAUCACUUGGAAGUGAUACACAAAGCAAAUGUUUAUCUGAAGAAAUGAAUCAUGCAAAACAAUCUGGUAGUCAGAGAAGGAAAAAGCUACAUUACUGUCAGUUUUGUGCUAUAGUAUUUCCUAGUUACCACAGUCUUUUACAGCACAAUUGUAUUCAAAGCAGGAAAGAGGGACUGAAAUGUAGCAUAUGCAAUGAAUGUUUCUUUGAAAAAGAAACUCUUGCAAUACAUGUCCUUGUUCAUUCAGGGACUCUGUCUUUCUCACGGUGGAGGAAAGCUGUUGAUAUGUGAUUCAUGCAGACACGUUUCCCAGUUCUCGGCAUCAAUGCUGACAAUUAAGGUGACAUGUUCCUCUUGAACAAUAACAGUAUACUGGACUGUCAAGCAUCACAUCCCAGAAGACAAGAAUCUUCACGGUCACUGCCAUGAGAAGAUGAAAUCUGAUAAUUUAUGUAUUGUCUUUUAGUUUGGUAUUUAGUACCAGAAAUGUCACUACUGUAUUAAACUGUAAUUCAUAUAGCAAAGAAUUAUUAAACAGAGGGCAUGUUGAGCAUGA